CGGCGUGGGAAGGACCGGACCCCGACGCCGCCGGCGCUGCAAACGCCGCCAACGCUCCCGACGCUCCCAACGCUCCCAACGCCGCCAACGCUCCCCUCGCCGCCGACCCCGGGCGGCCCCUCCGACAUGAAGCGCCCGUGCGAGGACACCACCUCCGACAGCGACCUGGACGAGACCAUAGACGUGGGCAGCGAGAACAACUACUCCGGGCGAAGUACCGGUUCCGUGAUUCGAUCGGAUUCCCCGACCACCACGUCUCAGAUCAUGGCCCGAAAGAAAAGGAGAGGGAUAAUAGAGAAGAGGCGACGGGACCGUAUAAAUAACAGUCUGUCAGAGUUGAGACGACUCGUGCCGACGGCUUUCGAGAAACAAGGCUCUGCCAAAUUGGAAAAGGCGGAAAUACUGCAGAUGACAGUGGACCAUCUGAAGAUGCUGCAGGCAACGGGAGGGAAAGGGUAUUUCGACGCCCACGCGCUGGCCAUGGAUUUCAUGAGCAUCGGCUUCCGGGAGUGUCUGACGGAAGUGGCCAGGUACCUGAGCUCGGUGGAGGGCCUGGACGGCGCCGACCCGCUGAGGAUGCGCCUCGUCUCCCACCUCAGCACCUGCGCCUCGCAGCGCGAGGCCGCGGCCAUGACGUCCCCCUUGGGCCCGCACCCCCACCCGCACCCCUUCCACCCCCACCACUGGGCCGCCGCCGCCUUCCACCCGCUCCCGGCCGCCCUGCUCCCCCCCAGCGGACUCCACGCCUCGGAGGGCCCCCCGUGCCGCCUCUCGGCCGACUCGGGCCUCCGCGGGCCUCCGCCCGGCAGCCUGGCCCCCUGCCUCCCGCCCCUGUCCGCCUCGCUCCUGUCCCUCUCGGCCACCGUCCACGCCGCGGCCGCGGCCGCCGCCCACAGCUUCCCGCUGUCCUUCGCGGGCGCCUUCCCCCUGCUGCCCCCCGCCGGGGCCGGGGCCGCCGUCAGCCCCCCGCUCCCCGCCUCGGCCGCCUCCAGCCCCCAGCAGGCCGGUUCCGGGGGCGCGAACAGUAAACCCUACCGGCCCUGGGGGACAGAAGUGGGCGCCUUUUGACGCGCGCCGGGCCCCCCCACCCCACCCCCUCGCCCGCUCCCCCACGAGGCCGACCGCAGGGACCGUCCGUGGCCGAGGCCGACCGUCCUCCGUCUCCGAGCCGGCGUGAAGAAGGCCGAGCGGGGCCGAAGCCACCCAGAUGCCCGAGCGACCACCCCGGACCGGGAACGCUCUUCCUCCCUCCGAGCGGAAACAGCGCCGCGUCGUCGCUCUUCUGAUUCUUCCUCCUCCUCUUCCUUUCUUUUUCCUCCUUUCUUUUUUCCAUUUUUUGUUCGGCCUCGGGCAUCUUUCUAACCCACACCAGUGGCUCUUGAAAACUUCACACUCCUGUUCCCGUUUUAGCGGUUUCCUGGGAAACAGAUAGAGUCUAGAGCUCAUUUUUCAGCUAUGCAUCGUGAUGUCCGCGGACGGGAAAAGGAAAUAUCCCUUCCAAGUUCUCCAGAGGUAGAACGACAGCCGCGCACACACCACCCACACACUCGCGCACACGAAAUAGUUCCGAGUUUCACAAGUGCCUAAUAUGAAGAAGCGUUUUCUUCCAAAGCCACGAGCGUUGCACAAGAGCGAACGGCAGAUGGGGGAGAGGGGAGGAGGGAGGCGGCAAGUCACCGGGCCCCGGACGUGUGAUCCCUUCCCGGGGAUCCCCGUUGAAUCCCGGCGGUUUCGUAGCCCGGGAGGAGGCAGGGCGGCCCCAUUCAGGUGAAAAACGAAGCCCGACGAUACCCGGUUUUCCGUCGGCGCCCCGACUCGCCCGACGGCGAGAUCACGGGCAGCGUCGAGAAGGACGAUUCCCCCUCGGCGUUCGGAGCGACCCGCUCUGCAGCGCUACCGUGGGCGCGUUUGGGCCUUUUUUUGGUUUUCAAACGCCUUAAAACGAGGGGCCGUCGUGUAUCCGCCCCACCGAGGGAUCCACGGAGCGAGCGGCUGACGGCCAGGCCGCCUCCGUAGAGUGGGCUGACCGCAAGGGGCCGGAGUCAUCCACGGUUCCGAGGUGGCGGUGGCCGUCUUCGGGGUGGCUUUCCCCGUCCGUCUCAAGCCCGCCCUUCUUCCUCUCGGAGGGAAACCGCAGGCUCCCUUCCCCGCCGAGCCUUCGGAGACCGUGGUCUCUCCGGGGACGGCGGGGCGAGGACAGAGAGGGAAGACCAGGGAAAGAGGGGACGGGGGUUUAAGCUCACCCUUUCCGAAGCCGACUUGGAUCCCAAGCCACGAUGAAUGUAUUCAAGUGAGUUGUUGGUAAAUUAUUGUUUCGUUUCGAUCCCCCGGCCCCGCCUUCGGUCAGAACCCAGGUGAUGAGAGAGACGGAAGGGAGUCAUGUUCGGGUUCAUUUUUGUUGUUUUUUUGGCUUUUGUUUUAUGACAAAAAACGUAAUCUCAUAUUACAUUGAAUCAAGCACGUGAGAUUUUUAUGUUUGGAGAACUAAAGAGACACAGCAUGUACUAUUAUGCACUUGAAUUCUCUGCUGUGUGGAGAAAGCAAUAAACCUUAAGAGAAUGUUAAACAUUAUGCAAAAUAUACUUUAAAAUAUUUGUUUUAAAAAUACUGUACCUAGUCUGUUUCCCGUCUUUUUCCCCCAUUACUCUGUAACCUUUUUCUAUGCAAAAUUCUGUACAUAUCACUAAUUAAAUGAAGUCCUUUUUGAC